ACAGAAGGCAAAUUUGUUCAAUGUGGAAGAUAUAAAACAGGUUUAAUAGACAAGCCAAUGGAAAGAAUUCCCAAGAUUGGUGUUUAUGCAGAAGCAGGAGUUGGCCGAGCUCAUGCUGAAUUCAGUUUAUUAGAGGCAGAAGCCAAAGGACCAAAUGCCUCGGCCGGUGCUGAAGCAAGUGUGGUUAAUGUUGUAGCCAUGGCUCGGGCUGAAGUUGGCAGUGCAUCAGCCAAAGCUGGUCCAAUUGGUCUGAAGCUGGGGCUUGGAUUCGAUACUGGUGCAUCUAUUGGUUUGAAUGGUUUGGAGGUAAAAGUCCUGGGAACUGGAGUCUCAAUUGGUCCAAAAACCAGCGUUUCUCUUUUUAAUUCAGAAGUGUCGUGUUCAAUUAUGUAGUCACAUAGAUAUUGUACAGUACAUACAUUUCCUGUAUUUUAGCCCAUGACCCUGGUGUUGUCAGUACUAUUGUAUGUCCUACCAAUUCAGUCUUUUGUUUUCAUUAUGAAUACACAUGGAAAGUUUAUGAAACAGUAGAGCUGUAGCGCUGGCAAUUUCAGUGAACAGCAUUUAACAAACCAAAUGUUUUUGCAAAGUGUAAAAGAAAACAGAAACAAGUCAUUAGUAUGUCACAUACACAACUGCAAAGGCAGCAAAAGAUUUAUGUGUGUAUUAAGUACUAGCAUGCAGUAAAUGUGAUGUGGUUUUGCAUGAGGUCUAUAUAGUAGAUCUUAUGAGAUGAGUUCCAGUGUUUCAUGUUAUAUGAUAUCAUACAAUAUUCUCUUCUGUCACACCCCUGCGGUUUGGUCAGUUUACAUUGGGGACUCGAGAUGAAGACAAGAUGAUGCAGUGUUUCCGCUAUAUACAUUCAACCGUGGCGGCCCGCCACUCCUAAAACAUCCCCGCCACGCCUGCGGUUGUGGAUAGAAGGGAUACAGCAAACGAAAUCUCGUUGGAUGAGCACUGUUUUAUCCUAAUCCUUUAACCAAACCCAACUCUAAACCCAAAAUUUCACACGAUUGUAGGAUGUAUUUGUAUCCAAUUUAGCCAGAGCCGCUGUUUUCAUCCUAAUAAUCCUACCUCCAAAUCUAAUCCUUAACUUUUCGGCAUUUGCUGUAUCCCUUCUAGACAAAACUCACAGCGUCAGCUCGCAAAAAGCUACCGAAAUGUCCGCUCUGCGAGACUGGCUGUCUAGAAAUAAAUUCCUUUCUGGAUUUGCGUUGUUCACUCAUUUAUAAAUAAGUCUCCUAAAAUAUCAUAAUUUCCUCCAUGGGUUUAGUUUCAUGCACAAAGAGAUUUAAAUCAACAGAGGAUUAUUAAGCUACGUUUCUGUUUUGAGAAAUAAUAAUAAAAUAAAUAAGCCUAUACGAAAUAUUUUGCACUUAAAUAAUUAUUAAAUUGACAAAACGAAUAAAAAAGUAUUUGAGUUUCUGUUCUUUUUUUGCGACGCGCUCUAAAACCAAACCAGCAGAAAGCACGUCAUGUUUUUAAUGAUUAUAAAUAAGCACAAGGUUUUCUCCUUAUUGUGAGUUUACACAAAUAAAAAUACAUCAUUUGAAGUUUCGAAUGUUGUUUUACUUUUAUCUUUAUGACUAUAAAUUUAGGGUAAUUUAAGCUGCAAGGUCAUAUCACGCAUAUGAUGUUCACCGGCGCAUAUCUACACCAACACAGCGCAGGGCUGCGAGAAAAGACAUUAUUAAACUUUUGAUUUAACAUAUUACGAGUUUUUUGGACAUUCAUUUGGAAUCACUGUACUCAUAUUAUCAACUUAUCUGGCCAUUAGUUAUUCAGUAUAGGCUAUAAGCGCAGCGCGUUGCUGACCGCUCAGCUGUCAGUCAAUCGUCUGUGCUUUAGAUCGACACUCACAAAGUUUCACAUUAAAUGAUAAGAUAUUUGUCCAAAAACAAAAGGCUAAAUACUGAAUACUACUUAUAUGCGACUGCAAGACAUUAAUAGUCGAAUCUGUUUGUAAGGAAACUUACAUUAUUCCCGUGGAAGAGAAGAACGUUGGUAAUAGAAACUUGAGGCAGACGGUGAGACUGUUUUAUCUGUUUUCAGACGAAACAGCAGGGUCGGGGUACCCGCGGGUGAACCGCAUAAUAUUUGAUCUAACGGGUGUAAUAGGCUAUUUGCGUGUCAUUUGUGUUGUAGAUGCAGGUCGGGACUCAAUAGACAAGAGUAAAAUGCGGGUCUAAUAUCCAAGACCAAAAUUCGACUCGUUUUUAAAUGUCCCGUGCUUAUUUGUGUUUAAGAUCUGUCUGAAGACCGGUAAAGGUUUAUAUUUAACUGCGCGAUUUGCGGUGUGACCGGCUCGGGGUCACAGUCUUUAUGUCAAAUGGUGCGGGUGUGAAAUAAAAUUGCUGCUGAUGUCGGAUAACUGGUCGGUUGUUCUGUCAAUCACAGCGGUGCGGAUUAUCAAACAGGACUGCAUGACUUUGUAACAGCUCUGUACGCUAAACACGAGGACGAACUUGCAAUGCACACUACAUUAAAACUACAAUGAAGUAUCCGAACUACGUACGUAGCUGUGUUACGUUUUUUUAAGAAAAUACAGUUUAGAUCAAACAUAGAAAAGCAAUAUGCUAUAAAUAUAAGGAAAAGUAAAUGACAGCGUGAAAAUUAUAAAAAAUACAUGUUAGUUUACUGUAGCCUAUAUUCUACAAUAAAUUUUUUUUACAUUUAUAAUCCUCAUGGGCGCCCCCUGCCGCCACAGCUGAAAAAAAUCCUAGAGGAAACACUGUGAUGGUCACAACAUUGGUGGGUUCGCAGCUCCUCUCAGAUCAGGACAAAUUCUGAGAACAACUUUUAAGGUGUUUGCUCACACAUACAAUACAGCAAUAAUUAUACUCCAACAGAGAUCAGUUAACUAUAAGUCAUUACUUCAAGUUUUAUAAUUCUGAUUAGCAUAGCAUAUUGACAUUGUUUUCAGAAUAACCGCAAAUGGUUCAACUCAAUUUCCAAUUCAAGUAUGUGUGUGUGUGUGUGUGUGUAACUGGUAAUUAUCACGGUGUGGGGACAAGAUAGCAAUACCAGUAUUUUUGUGACCUUGUGGGGAGAUUUUGAGGUCUCCAUGAGGAAAGAAGCUUAUACAUCAAAAAGAAUUAUGUUUCUUGAAAAUCUGAAGUAGCAGAAAGUUUGCUGUGAUGCUUAGAAUUAUGGUUUGGGUUAGGGGACAGGAAUAGAUAUACAGUUUGUACCGUAUAAAAUGAAUUACGUCUAUGGAAUGUCCCCACAAAACAUGGAAACCAGAAUGUGUGUGUGUGUGUGUGCAUGUGUAUGUAUAUAUAUACUGUAUAUAUUCAUGUUUUUCUGUGUUAAAAUGUUUUCUGUAAACUACUAUAAUAAUUCCAACCAAAAGCUCAAAGAAAGACAAAAAUUAGCACAGCACCUUCCACCUCCAUGAUGAAGAUGAUGAGUACAAUGAAGAAGGGCUAUAUUAAAACAGUAGACCCUUACAUCUUUGUCUAUUUCUUUACUUUUCACUGAAAUCUGAAGUGCGAGUCUAGUGGUUUAUUUAAGGACAACACUCACAGAGAGAAGCAUACACCUGCUUUCCUGUAUCACUCUUUAAACCAACAAGAGAAAAAAGUAAGUAAGAAGGACCAAAGUGAUCGAUCAUCUCAUUAUAAAAAAAAUUAAAAUAUGUCUAAUCUACCUUUACCCAGAUUCAUACCACCAACACUGCAGCAUCUGCCAACUGUUAAGAGAAAGAGAUUUCAGAAGCCAUGGUUUACAUGUUUUCAUAAUUUCUGGAAUGUCUGUUAAUACAGGUGCAUCUCAAUAAAUUGGAAUGUUGUGGAAAAGUUCAUUUAUUUCAGUAAUUCACCUACCACACACAGACAUGUAGAGGAAUACAGUUGUCGUAUUCCUCUUGUUAAGCCACCCCUGAACCACAGACAAUGUCAGAGGCGUCUUACCUGGGCUAAGGAGAAGAACUGGACUGUUGCCCAGUGGUCCAAAGUUAGAUGAGAGCAAGUUUUGUAUUUCAUUUGAAAACCAAGGUCCAAGGAAGGGUGGAGAUGCUCACAGCCCAAGUUGCUUAAAGUCCCGUGUUAAGUUUCAACAGUAUGUGAUGAUUUGGCAUGUGUAUGUGCAAGGUCAUCUGCUUGUAUUGGUAACCACUAUAUUUUAAAAAAGCAAAGUCACUGCUUUUCAGAGAAGCUGAUUUCAUUUUCCAGCAAGAUAUGGCACCUGCCCACACUGCCAAAAACACCAAAAUUAAGUUAAAUGACCAUGGUUUUGGUGUACUAUACUCACCAGACCUGAACCCAUAGAAAAUCUAUACACCUGUUAUUUGGUUGCAUAAAAAUAAGCUUAUAUUAUAAAAAACUUUUAUGAUAAAGAUAAAUAAAUUAAACUUUUUAAAAUAAAGUGCCCUGAUUUCCAAAAGGAAUUAAGUGGAGGUCAUCUGCUGUCUGCCAUGAGAAAUAAACUUCAGCUUUCCUUCUGCCAUCAUAUCUUUUAAAAAAUAUAUUAAAGCAAAAUAUCUUGCAUCCCAUGCAAAAUAUUCUCACAAUUACAGUAGCGAUACAGGUUGUAGAUUUAAAGUGUGCCUUGUUUGGAGGUAUAACUCAUCACAUUCAUAUUAGUUGUUUGUUUAUUAGUUUUAGAGAUGCAGUUCUGUAUCAGUCUGGUUAUAUACGUAAACUGUGGUAAAUUCAACACGUUUAUAAGUGUUUCCUCCUUAGAAACAAACAAACAAACAAAAAAACACAUUUAACUCAUAAUGAUCACCAUUUGAACAUGUACAACUGAAUGUCUUCUGUAACAACUUUAUUUUCUGUGAAACCGAAAAGUAGCAGAAAUCACACCGCGGUUGGAAAAAUGAAAGUGAUAAUCAUGUGAUGAGACGUUGAACUUCUGGACACCAUCUUUUCUUUUCUUACACACUGGUUGUUCUAGCUCGGACUUUGCAGUUGUAAAAAGGGGGACGGUAAAAAAGUUGUCAAAUGCCUUCUCCUCUUCUUCUUCUGAUUUUUCUGUUCAUAAUUCAAGGAGUUUAUAGUGUUCAUGGGGAUUGGGGUGUAAAUUACAGCUCUUCAAACAUCUGUGCACUAAAGGGCUCAACAGUGAUGAUAAACUGCACUUAUAAAUACCCUACUGGACAUAAGAUCGACAGAGUGUUCUGGACUAAGAUUAACAGUGCUUAUCCUCCAGAACUGUCUAAGGACUCUGAAUACAGUCAGAGGAUUCAAUAUCUGGGAGAUAAACAUCACAACUGCACCAUCAGACUGAUUGUUAUAAAACAAACAGAUUCACAUGAGUACUAUUUCAGAUUCAUUACUGAUCAAAACAAAUGGCUUGGUACUCCUGGAGUGACUCUUAAAAUCACAGAUCUUCAGUUGGAGUCUUCACCAGGUGAAAGAGUUACAGAGGGACAUUCAGUGACUCUGACGUGUAAAAGCAGUUGCAUUCUGACUGACGGAUCAACAUUCAUCUGGUUUAAAAACACACAGAAAUUAAGUGAGAAAACAGACGGAAACAAUAAACUCGUUCUGCAGCCAGUUAAAAAAGAGGAUGCAGGCAACUAUAGCUGUGCUGUACAGGGACACAAACUCACAUCACCUCAUCGAUAUCUCAAGGUUAUCUACGCUCCAAAUAAACCUGUUAUCUCCAUCAAACCUGCUGGUGAAAUAAUAGAGGGUGAUUCAGUGAAUCUGACCUGCAGCCAGGGGCGUAGCAAGCUUUUUAAAAGUGUGGGGGAUGGAUGUAUAUCAUUUUAA